AUGAAAAGAUGCCAUCAGAAAACAUAUAAUUUCGAUAAGUCUUAUUCUGCAAAAUUUGUUAGAAUGAUACAGGAUGAAAGCUGCCCAGGAGAACUACCUUGUAUCGCAAUAAACAAACUAGAUUUGAUUGGAGAAAUUGAAACAGGAAAUGAUAAUGAAGAUGAGAACUUUGUUUCGUAUCAUGACGACGAUGAUGAUGUAAGUAUAAUUGGCCAUAUUUCAAAGAAUGAAAAUGUCAAAAUAGACUAA